CCAAUGCUUGACAUAUAUAAUGUUUUGAAAUGAGAAGGUUUAUGUAACAAUCUUUGCCACAUUCCUGGCUUUGCUGGUGAAGUGAGGGUGUGAGACUGUGCUGGAGAAAGAGUGAGGAUGUAGUGUUAAAUAUAAACUAUACAGUUAAUGGUUCACAGUUGGACAGGGGUCGUGAAACAUGGAAAUGUUGAAACAUUUACAAAUAUAAAUCGAUUCAGAGCUGCUGCUUGUUCUUGUAAAAGAGCGACUCAAGGAAAAUCCGAACAGGCAGCAUCCUUUAUUAAGACGAUGAUUUCGAUGGUAGACUGUCCUCUGGUUCCGUUACUGUAUUUUCUGUGUCAGGUUCGUUGGAGGAAGAAGAAGAAGAGACGAACUUUCAUCAUAUCAGGAUGUUUGUUUUCAUCUGGGCGACUCUGCUUUUCUCUCUGAGAUUCAGCGAUGCUGAGACAGGUUCUUCAGUGUGGGGGAAAACAAGUUGUCCGUUGACGGAUUACUGUAUCACUCUAGUUGAAGGAGAAAUAACAGCGGAGGCCGGAAUCUGUGUUGUGAUACCAUGCUCCUUCACUGUUCCUGAGGAUAUCAAAGUCUUACAUAUAGUUUGGUUUAAAUGUGAAUCGACUGAAGGGAACUGUGGUGAUGGAGACAUGAUUUUCAACAGUAACACCUUCAGCGAUCAGGUUCAGUCGGAGUUUAAAGGACGAGUGUCACUGCUGGAGUCUGAUGUGAGCCAGAAAAACUGCAGCAUCAUCAUCAAUGACCUGAAGGAGUCGGACUCUGGAGAAUAUAAACACAGAGUUGAAGCUUUACCGGUGGCAGGUUCAGGAACAUUCUCCCAAACAGCAACUGUCUCUGUUAAAGGUCUGAGUCAGAGGCCCACAGUGAUGAUUCCACCUCUGACGGAAGGACAGCUGACCACACUGACCUGCACUGCUCCUGGUCUCUGCUCUGGAUCUGAACCUACAUUCACCUGGAGGUGGCGAGGAAGAGGAGAGAGCGACGCUGACCUCACAGGAAACAUCACGGCCUUCAAAACUGAGAACGUGGCUGCGUUCGCUAAGAGAAGCAGCUCGACUCUGUCCUUCUCCCCUUCAGCUGAACAUCACGGAACCAACAUCACCUGCACGGUCCUCUUCCAAGCACACGUGAGCACAGAGGAGACGGCGACUCUGAGUGUGAGCUGUGAGUAGAACUACUUAAUUUCUGAGGGGCUGAAUUUUACAAGAGGAAACGUUGUGCUUUAACCAAAUUAUAUGACUUUGCAACGUGUGUUUUUGUAUCGUAGAUGUGAAGAAAGUCAGAAUAACCCAAAUUGCAUGUGUUAAUGAAAGCAAGAGUCUGACUCUGAAGUGCACUGUUGACAGUUUCCUUCAAACGUUGAUCACGUGGACUGAAGUUUUUGACCAAAGCAUCAAAAAUGGAACAGGAACAACUCUGCGGAAAAACACAUUCAAUGACUUGCUCUAUUAAAAGAAGAAAGAGGAACUGCCACUCUCUCUAUCUUUAAUGUCACAGCAGGGCUCAGGGCUCUUGUAUCAAAGCUUUGUCCCCCAACUUUUUCUUAGUACAUUCAAUCGUAUGGGCUGGACUGAUGAAGAGGAGUUUAGGAGCUUCAAGAGAGGAGCUCCCUUUACCACAGAUUGUUGGAUCUUUUGCUCUGCAGAACUUUUACAUUUACAAGAAACCUAUGUAACACAGACUAGAGGGAAGAACAACAAUACAAUGAUAAUGUGCCUUCUUUAA